AUGCCAUCUCUAAGGUCUCGCAGCGACAGUGGAUUUGGGCAAUUGAUUGAUUCUCAGGUGACCAAAAAUUUCGGUGGGCAAGGAUUCAUUGCAACUGUCGCUGCACAGCUUGGUGAGUCUCUCAUCGGUCCAGGCGAGACCUUCGCUCGAUCAACUCAAAAUGGGAGACGUAAUCUUGUCAACACCUCAAGACCUUCUGCGGCGAAUGCUGCGCCAACAGAGAUUCUCCAUCAAGUUUACUCUCUGCUUUCGCCUCACGACUUUGACAAUGCUCGACGUACCUGUUCACAAUGGAUGAAAGCUAGCCUGAACCGCAGGCUAUUGGAGGGCACGCUCAAGUGUGCCGGCUGGUGGGAUGCAUUUCAACGUGACAUGGAGAAACAACGGGAUGACCGCUUUGAAUCAGUCCAGGAGAGUGACGUGUGGAAGAUGAGCAAACGGCUUGCGACUGAGUGUCUACUAUCAGGGCACAGAACGACCCUAGAGAAGUCAGGCUUUAUCAAGUCCGAGAUUAUCCAUUUCUCGGGUCUCUUUCGAGAUUCUAUCAAAACUCGAAGAGGCACUUCGCUUUCAGUCGCAAAACCAGCCACAAGAGACGGUUGCAAUAAGUUUUCGACCUUCAAUGUGAGCAGUUGCGGCAAGUAUGUUCUGGUGACAGGUGGCUGCAUAAUCUAUCUGUUUCGGUUACUGAACAAAGGAAACGACGUUUCAGUUCUAUCCGAACUGGGUUCCCAGAACCUUGAGCUGGUCUCGCAGAUCGAUUGUACUAGCGAUGUUCUCUUGGCUACCAUGGAUACCAGCACUCCUCGAGUUGCUGUAGCUGCGUUGCUAGAGAAUCGAGUUGGAAUGGUCUACGAUGUCGACCCUUCUGCCAGGCCAGAUACAAGUCACAGUCGAUCGAAAUCCCCUAAAGCAUGGCGAACCCACACAGGCCCUCACUUUUAUCAGGAUAUAUGUUCUGAAGAUCACCCCCCACGCACUAUCGCAAUUCUACCGGGCCGCCGAUGCGUUGCCUUUGGCUGUGCAGGAGGCGUCGAGAUUCACUGGUCUGACGAGAAAACCGGCCAGGAUCGGUACAGACGCCUGCCAAUGUCCCAACCUUCUGAAACACUUCAUUUUCUACCAAGCUCUCAGGAAGAUCCUGCAGAAUUUCGACUAAUUUCAUCUCUGGCGGGCCCAGGCCCUCAUGAGUGCAGCUGCCGACAGUUCCCAAUGUCCGGUCACUCGCAAGCAUGUCCGUUCCAUAUACUGUCCGCAAAGCACUCGCUCGGCGGUCUUAACCAAUAUGGCGCAUCGUCUCUCAAUUUGGUUCGCGCCACUCACUGUCACAAUUACCGCGCCGUGCCCAUAAACGAUGGACUUCAUAUGGCCUUCGUGGAUCCACGUACAGGGAAUCUUUGCAUUGGGUCCAACUCGCCCAUUGGCGGUCCGACAAGUCUAACGCGUGCUUUUGUAUGCGUGCCUCCAUGUGGGAAAAAUUCGACAGGCAAUGCUAAGGAGUUUAAUGCCCCCAUCGCUUUUACUGUUGGCUCAGAUUUAAGCUGGGGGCUUCGCAUCGUUGCCGCAUAUGAAGAUCGAAUCGUCCUGUAUUCUAUUCCGUCGGACAUCUUCAACGUGAUUCGCAGAGAGCGCGAGCACCAAAGCGGCGAUUUCAUGGGUGAUGGCGAGAUUGCGCGUGAUUGGCUGCUAGAUUCCGGGAGAAUGCGCAAGCGUUGCGACAGCCUCGCGCAGGAUCAACGGGGAGGCUGGGAGUGUGCAUUGAGCGUCAGUUAUCGAUCGACAUCGAUGACGUGGCCUUUCAAGGUGCAUGGCAAGGAAAUUGGCCGUGUGGACGACGUGGUAGAGCUGGCUCUACAAACCUCGGAUGGAGGAGCUCGUAUCUGGGCGUUUGCUGCAUCCGGUCAAGCGCACGUGUUUGAUAUCGACACCAUUUCUCCCAUGGCACGGACGAAGACCAAACAACCGUUGAGAGCGGUCAUGGUCGGCUCCGAUGGCCAAUUCAUAUCACCCCCGGUGUUAGACAAUACCCAUCUCGAAGCCUCAAAGCAGCUUCGUGGAUCUCGCAAGCGGAAGUUAGCUGAAUCGCGGGACCGGUUCAUCGGUCAAUAUGGCAAGACUCGGUUUGCCUCCAGCAUCAAUACAGGUGCCGCGGGGCUUGCGAGUCAAAUGGCCGCAGGGCCGACGCAGGACGAAGAUAUGUCUCUGAAGCGUUCGUCAUUCGCCGCAUGCAUCGUUGACUUUAAGAUCCCUGGUCUGAGUCUUCGGGAUGGCCCGUGGGGUGUAUAA